UUCAUGGAAUCACAGAAUCUAACCAGUGUCUCAGAAUUCCACCUGUUAGGGCUCUCAGCUGAUCUAGAACUACAACCUCUCCUAUUUGGGCUAUUUUUGACCAUGUAUCUGGUCACUGUCCUGGGGAACCUACUCAUCAUGCUGACCAUCAGCUCUGACUCCCACCUCCACACCCCCAUGUACUUCUUCCUCUUCAACCUGUCCUUGGCUGACAUCGGUUUCACGUCUACCACAGUCCCAAAGAUGCUUAUGGAUAUUCACACCCACCGAGGAGUCAUUUCCUAUACAGGCUGCCUGAUUCAGAUGUCCUUGUUUAUUCUUUUUGGUUGUUUUGACAGUCUGAUUCUGACUGUGAUGGCUUCUGACAGGUUUGUGGCAAUCUGUUACCCCCUCCACUAUCCAGCUAUCAUGAAUCCCCGGCUGUGUGGCCUGCUGGUUCUGCUGUCUUUUGUCUUCAGUCUUUUGGACUCCCAGCUACACUGCUUAAUGGUGUCACAGCUAAUAUUCUGUUCAGAUGUAGAAGUUCCUCAUUUCUUCUGUGACCCUUCUCAACUUCUUAAACUUGCCUGUUAUGACCCCUUCUCCAGUAGCAUAUUAGUAUAUUUUAUUGUUGCCAUCUUUGGUGGAAUACCUGUCUCUCUGAUCAUUUUCUCUUAUACACAAAUUGUUUCCACAAUUCUGAAAAUUCCAUCUUCAGGUGGGAAGUAUAAAGCCUUCUCCACCUGUGGCUCUCACCUGGCAGUUGUUUGCCUAUUUUAUGGGACAGCGAUGGGAGUGUAUCUGAGUUCAGAUUACUCACAUUCACCCAGGAAGGGUAUGUUGGCCUCAGUCAUGUAUAUGCUGGUCACCCCCAUGCUGAACCCCUUCAUCUACAGCCUGAGGAACAGGGACAUCAAGAGGACCCUGGGGUGGAUACUCAGGAGAACACCCGAAUCUCAAUGA